GUGGCGGGGGCUCAGAGCUGUUCAGGCGGACACUGGAGCAGGCUCGGACCCGGGAACAGGAGCCCAUCUGCGGAUUAGUUUAAAGCGGUUUCCCCCAAAAGCAGAGGAAACAUGGAGCAUCUGAGACUCACCCUGCUGCUCGCCCUGCAGGUGUUCGUGAGGGCGCAGUUGGAUUCGGGACAGUCCCAAAUCGAGAUCCUGGCCCCGGAGCUGAGUGAUGUGUGCACAGAGGGGAGCUGUUACCCAGCAACAGGGGACCUUCUGAUCGGCCGCGCCCACCAGCUCUCCUCCAGCUCCACCUGCGGACUGCACCGACCCGAACCGUUCUGCAUUGUCAGCCAUCUGCAGGAGGAGAAGAAAUGUUUUGUGUGCGACUCCUCAGACCCCUACAAUGAACUGGACAAUCAGUUGAAUAAUCAUCGGAUCGAAAACGUGGUCACAACCUUCGCCGUGAACAGACUCAAGACCUGGUGGCAGUCCGAGAACGGUGUGGAGAAUGUGACUGUCCAACUCAACCUUGAGGCAGAGUUUCACUUCACUCACCUCAUCAUGACUUUUAAGACUUUCCGUCCCGCUGCGAUGGUCAUAGAACGUUCCUCGGACUUCGGAAAAACAUGGCAGGUUUAUCGGUACUUUGCAUAUGACUGUGAGAGUUCGUUUCCCUCAGUGUCCCAAGGCCCCAUGAGGAAAGUGGAUGACGUCAUCUGUGACUCGAGAUACUCCGACAUCGAACCAUCCACAGAGGGAGAGGUUAUCUUCAGAGUUCUGGACCCAGCCUUUAGGAUCGACGACCCGUACAGCCCCAGAAUACAGAACAUGUUGAAGAUCACAAACUUGAGGGUAAAGUUCACAAAGUUGCACACGCUCGGGGACAACCUUCUGGACUCUCGAAUGGAAAUAAAGGAGAAGUAUUAUUACUCCAUCUAUGACAUGGUUGUCAGGGGCAACUGCUUCUGCUAUGGACACGCCUCUGAGUGCGCACCCAUCGAGGGAACGGAACAGGCCAGGGAGGGCAUGGUCCAUGGCCACUGCAUGUGUAACCACAACACUAAAGGACUGAACUGUGAGCAGUGUCAGGACUUCUACCACGAUCUGCCCUGGAGACCAGCCGAGGGACGCAAUACAAACGCAUGCAAGAAGUGUAACUGUAACCAUCACUCAGACUCGUGUCACUUCGACAUGGCCGUGUUUGAGGCAUCUGGAAACGUAAGCGGAGGCGUCUGUGAGGACUGCCAGCACCACACGGCCGGACAUCAGUGUGAACUCUGCCAACCGUUCUACUACCAACACCCAGAGAGGGACCUACGGGACCCCAACAUCUGCCAACCCUGUAACUGUGACCCGGUGGGCUCUCUGAAUGGGGGGAUUUGUGACGGUCUCACAGACGUUCGGGUCGGACUCAUCGCGGGACAGUGCAGAUGUAAAGUGAACGUGGAGGGAGAGAGAUGUGAGCGCUGCAGACAGGCGCACUACGGCCUCAGCGAAGAACCAGAGGGAUGCAAACCGUGCACAUGCAGCCCUCUGGGGACUCUUCCUGGAGGAAACCCCUGUGAGAGCGAAACGGGAAGCUGCUUCUGCAAACGGCUGGUGACCGGACGAGACUGCGACCAGUGUGUGGCUGAACACUGGGGCCUGAGCAAUGACAUGGACGGAUGUCGACCCUGUGACUGUGACCUGGGAGGAGCCGUCAACAACCAGUGUGAUCAGGUGAACGGGCAGUGCGUGUGUAGGCCUCACAUGUUUGGCCGCCGCUGUGAUCAGGUGGAGUCUGGAUUUUACUUCAUCGCUCUGGACCACUACACCUACGAGGCCGAGGACGCCAAGUUCGGGCCUGGCGUGACAGUGGUGCAGAGGCCACACCCCUUGGACCGCAGCCCCACCUGGACAGGUAUGGGCCUGGUCAACGUCCCAGAGGGGGCCUACCUGGAGUUUUCUGUGGACAACAUCCCUCACUCCAUGGAGUAUGACAUUGUGAUUCGCUACGAGCCCCAGUUGCCGGAGCAAUGGGAGGAGGUGAUUCUGACAGUGAUCAGACCUGGUCCGAUCACAGCCGACAGUCGAUGUGUGAACACUGUUCCUGAUGACGACAACCAGAUGGUGUCCCUGCACCCGGGCUCUCGUCAUGUGGUGCUGCCGAGGCCGGUCUGUUUUGAGUCGGGUCUGAACUACACGAUCCGCCUGAGUCUGCCUUUGUAUUCUGCUCUGAGCGACGUGCAGUCCCCGUACACACUCAUAGAUUCUAUUGUGUUGAUGCCAAACUGUAAGAACCUGGAGAUCUUCACAGUGUCAGAGGGGGCAGACAUUGGGUCGAGUGAAUGGGACACGUUUCAGAGAUAUCGCUGUCUGGAAAACAGCCUCAGCGUCAUCAAAACUCCAAUGAGCGAUAUCUGCAGAAACUACAUCUUCAGCAUCUCCGCCAUGCUGCACCAGGGAGCCAAAGAAUGCCAGUGUGAUCCUCAGGGGUCCCUCAGCACUGUGUGUGACCCGAGCGGAGGUCAGUGUCAGUGCAAACCCAACGUAGUGGGAAGGAACUGCGACAAAUGUGCUCCGGCCACGUUUCAGUUCGGACCCAAUGGCUGCAGAGUGUGUGAGUGCGACCCUCAGGGCUCGCUCUCCCCUCUCUGUGACCCCCUCAGUGGGCAGUGUGGGUGUGUGCCGGGGGCUUAUGGGCGUCAGUGUGACCGGUGCCUCCCUGGACACUGGGGCUUCCCGACGUGUCGUCUCUGCAGCUGUAACGGACACACCGAAGAGUGCCAUUCCCAAACAGGACAGUGUCUGGAGUGUAGAGACCACACUACGGGACACAGCUGUGAGAGGUGUUUGGAUGGUUACUAUGGCGACCCUGUCCUGGGAUCAGGUGACCACUGUCGGCCCUGCCUUUGCCCCGAUGGACCCGGCAGCUCUCGGCAGUUUGCAGGGACCUGUUACCGUGGAGACAGCUCUGUACAGGCCAUCUGUGUCUGCAGCCAGGGGUACAGAGGUGCGCGCUGUGACGAGUGCUCACCUGGAUACUUUGGGAACCCUCACGAGGCGGGGGGGCAGUGCCGCCCCUGUGAUUGCCAUGGCAACAUCGACAUGCUGGACCCUGAGUCAUGUGACGCGUCGAGCGGGGAGUGCAUGCGCUGCCUUUACCACACGGAGGGCAGGAACUGUGAACUGUGCAAACUCAGUUACUAUGGAGACGCUCUACGGCAAGACUGCAGGAAGUGUGUGUGUAACCACUUGGGCAGCGUCCCGUCCAGUUGCCAUGCCCAUGGGGAGUGUGAGUGUGACAGGGACAGUGGGCAGUGCCAGUGUCUGCCCAGCGUCGUGGGUCAGUACUGUGACCGCUGUGCCCCUGACACCUGGAACAUGGGUAGCGGAGCUGGCUGUGAAAGUUGUGGAUGCCACCUUGAGCACUCCUACGGAACGUCCUGCAAUGAGAUCAGUGGACAGUGUUCGUGUAAACCCGGGUUUGGAGGCAGGACCUGCAGUGAGUGUCGUGAGCUGUUCUGGGGAGAUCCAGAGGUCAAAUGUCACGCAUGCGACUGUGACCCUCGUGGUAUCUCUCAGGAACAGUGCGAUAAAUCCUCUGGUCACUGUGUUUGUGUGGAGGGAGUGACCGGUCCCCGUUGCGACAUUUGUGCUCGCGGUUUCUCUGGCACCUUCCCUGACUGCCACCGCUGUCAUCAGUGCUUCAGUGAAUGGGACGCCAUCGUGGGGCAGCUGACCAAUCAGACGCACCGGCUCGUGAACAAGGUGAAUGCGGUGAAACAGAGUGGUGUGACAAGUGGGCCGUACCGCAGCAGCAUGGACAGUAUGGAGCGCAGCGCAGAGGGCAUCAGGGCUAUUCUCAACACAAACCCGGCAUCACAGCCUCUGAGUGAAGUACAGGAGCUACUGCAACAGGCCAGUGAGCUGAUUGGAUCCCUGACUGAGUCCCUGAACUCCACAGAGCAGGCCCUGGUCCAGACCUCGGACCAGGAUCAGGAGGUCCAGAGCAGACUGGACUCUGUAAGCUCAGACUCUCACAAACUCGAGCGCACUGUCCAGGAGCUGCUGGACCAGGUCGAGUUCAUCAAGAACUCAGACGUCAGAGGAGCGACGGCCAGUGUGAACAAGUACUACCUCCAGUCGCAGGCGUCUGAAGCUCGAGUGAACGCCUCCACCGUGGAUCAGAACAGCACCGUGGAAACGUCUGCCCGACUACGGCAGCUGACAGAGGACAAACUCAACAAGACCAGCCUGGACUUCCUGAAGAAGCACACAGAGCAUGCUCAGAAGCUCGACGACCUCGCUGGAGAAAUGCAGAGUCUGGACCUGUCAGAACUCAGUCAUAAGACCUGUGGCAGUGGUGUGUCCUUGGACGCCUGCUCCUCCUCCCCCUGUGGAGGUCUGGGCUGUGUUGACUCAGAGGGCCGUUCCAAAUGUGGAGGAGAGGGCUGCGGCGGUUUACUGACCACAGCCAAAAGCGCCUGGAUUACAGCACGAAACUCGGAGAAGGAGAUCAUCAGUGCCAUCGAGGAGGUGGAGAGACUGUCCAAGAUGGUGUCUGAGGCUAAAGUGAAGGCGGACGAGGCCAAACUGAGCGCUCAGGACGUUCUUCUAAAAACCAACCGCACCAAACACAGACUGGACCAGAGCAAUGAGGAGCUGCGCAGGCUCAUCAAACAAAUCAGGGACUUCCUCACACAGGAUGCUGCAGACCUGGAGAGCAUCGAGCUUGUUGCUAACGAGGUGCUAGCGAUGCAGAUGCCCACAAGCCCGGAGCAGCUGCAGAAUCUGACGGAGGAGAUUCGGGUGAAGGUGGAGGAGCUGGGGAGUGUGGAGCACAUCCUGGAGCAGAGCAGUCAGGAGAUCCAGAGAGCAGAGAGUCUCUUGGAGCAGGCUCGCCAAGCCAGUUCUGAAGCUGUCAAUGUGAAGGACUCAGCAGAGAGAGUGAAGAAGGCUCUGGACGAGGCUCAGAAGGCUCAAACUGCAGCUUCUAAAGCAAUAAACCAGGCAACACAAGACAUCCAGACCACCAACAAACUGCUGUCUACGGUGGAGUCAGAAACGGCAGAAGCAGAGCAGAAACUGACCCAGGCCACAGAGAGAGUCCAAAACCUGGAACAAAACGUGACUUUAUUGAGAGACAAGGCCCUGAACGUCUCACAGACCUCAGAGCAAACCAAACAGGACGCAGCCACCAUCGAGAAGAUUGCUGACCAAGUUAAAAAGGACCUGGACUCUGAGAUAAAGGACAAAUACUCGACGGUGGAGAAGUUGGUGGAUGAAAAAGCCGUGGGUUUGUCAGAGGCGAAGAAACGCGCAGAGUCUUUGCAGAAAGAAGCCAAAGAUCUGCUGCUCCAGGCCAGCAGCAAACUCCAACUGCUCAAAGAUUUGGAGAAAUCUUACGAGGACAAUCAGAAGACUCUGGAGCAGAAGGCGGAGCAGCUGGUGGAGCUUGAGUCGGCAGUGAAAGAGUUACUGCAGGAAAUCAGCCAUAAGGUCACAGUCUACAGCACCUGUCUGCUCUGAUGGACCCAGUUCUGUAAUACAACCAUAAAAAUAAAACUAAACACAAUGAUGUGUUGGGCAAUAUCAGAAUGUGUGACAUCGAAGGGUUUAUCCAGAACCAAUAUUUUUACUAAAAUGCCCAAGUCUAUGAUUUGUCUACAGCACCUGCCUGCGCUGAUGGACCUAAACCUAAACACACCUGAAACACACCUGAAAUAUACAACAAUAGAAGUGUCUCAGUAUUGGGGAUAUCGUGAUAAAUGAGGUAUCUUGCUGAUAUAUGGGACCAAUAUUUUUGGCAUUUUGACUACCGAGUAAAAUGGAAAUGGAAGAAAUCAAGAAGCAUCAAUUUUACUAGUUUGUAUGUCAGUUCACCCGUCCAUUCACCUGUCAUUUUAUCUGUCACUUCAAUUAGGCUCAAAAUAUGGCUACAUCUUUACACAAACAUGCAAAAAUGUUAUCCCACAUAGAUACGUACUGUCAUUAUUUUUACAACAGUGAAAAGUUAAUAUGUGAACUUUAUUAUAACUUUACAUAAAUCUGUGGGUCUUGCUAUGGAUUUUAAAAUAUUCUUGGUACUGGCAAAUAUCAGGUUAAACCAAUUAUCAGACUAUACCUAAUGCAUCCCCUUUUCAAAACAAAGUAAUUUUCAAGCUUUGUGGCUAUUUUACAAUAACAUAAAUGAAAGGAUUAUGAAGUUGU